CGGGGUUGUGGAUUUCACGGCACAGAGCAGUCUCCUAGAGAUAGACAGAGAACUUUUGAAGACCCAGGAAAAAUACAUAUCCUAAAACUGAAGUCAACUGGGAAAAUCCCAUUUUGAAAGGAGGCAAAAGUGAAAACAGCUGGACGGUUGAAGGGAGUUGUCCAGCAAAACAUCGAGAGGCAGAGAAGAAGAUAAGGCUGUGGCAACAGGGAGACAUUGAGAGGGAGCACAUGGUGUAAAAUGCCUACGAAUUUCACCGUGGUCCCGGUAAAAGACAGCUCAGAAAAGGCAAAGGAGAGGAUUGAAGAGGAAGAUGGGAAUGAAAGCAAUGACUUGAAAGAGAGCGAGAACGCUGCAGGUGACGGUGUCCCAAAAGAAAACAGCCCCUUCAUCAACAAUACAGACAACGAUAAGAGCAGCAGCUACGAUGGCACCAAUAUGGCACUUUUUGAAGAGGAAAUGGACAGCAACCCCAUGGUGUCAUCACUUCUCAAUAAACUGGCAAACUACACUAAUCUCACCCAGGGAGCGCAGGAGCACGAGGAGGCAGACGAUGAUGAAGGCACCAAGAAGAAAGCUGUCAAGAGCCCUCAAAUGGGAACCUUUAUGGGCGUCUAUCUCCCCUGUCUCCAGAACAUUUUGGGAGUCAUCCUUUUUCUUCGCCUUACCUGGAUAGUUGGCACAGCCGGCAUCUUGGAAUCUCUGGCUAUUGUCGGCUUGUGCUGCUCAUGUACCAUGCUGACAGCCAUAUCCAUGAGUGCAAUUGCCACAAAUGGCGUUGUGCCAGCUGGAGGUUCGUACUAUAUGAUUUCCAGGUCUCUUGGCCCUGAGUUUGGUGGAGCUGUAGGUCUCUGUUUCUACCUGGGUACAACCUUUGCUGGCUCCAUGUACAUCCUCGGUACUAUAGAGAUUCUUUUGACCUACAUUGUGCCUAAGGCAGCCAUCUUCGUGGCAGAAAAGAAGGAGGAUGCAGUUGACGCCCUCCUGAAUAACAUGCGCGUCUACGGCACAUGUUGCCUUACACUGAUGUCUGUGGUUGUGUUUGUGGGAGUCAAAUAUGUCAACAAACUUGCCCUGGUCUUCCUGGCCUGUGUCAUUCUCUCCAUCCUUGCCAUCUACGCCGGGGUCAUCAAGACCAUCUUCGAGCCACCUGACUUCCCGGUUUGCAUGUUGGGAAACCGUACCCUGCAGAACCACAACUUUGACAAGUGUCUUAAGAUGGACAUGAUCAAUAAUGUGACGACCACCACCCAGCUUUGGAAGCUGUUCUGUAAUGGGCCCGAGCUCAAUGCUACCUGCAACGAGUAUUUCCUCAACAACAACGUGACGGAGAUUCAAGGCAUUCCUGGACUUACCAGUGGCGUUAUUUCAGAAAAUAUGUGGUCAGAAUAUGGCCCUUUGGGUAUGUUGGAUGAAAGCAAGAAGUUACCAUCUGUGGGAGGAAGAGAGCCCACCCAGGACAUCUACCUGCCCUAUGUCGUCAAUGAUAUUGCCUCCUUCUUUACACUGCUUGUCGGGAUCUACUUCCCUUCUGUCACUGGUAUCAUGGCUGGUUCUAAUCGAUCGGGAGAUUUGCGGGAUGCCCAAAGGUCCAUCCCAGUUGGAACCAUCCUGGCUAUAUUUACCACCUCUGUCAUCUAUAUCACCUGUGUCGUGCUAUUUGGUGCCUGCAUUGAGGGUGUUUUACUUCGAGACAAGUUUGGUGACUCUGUCAAAGGCAACCUUGUUAUAGGCACGUUGUCUUGGCCUUCACCUUGGGUCAUUGUGAUUGGCUCUUUCUUCUCUUGCUGUGGUGCUGGACUGCAGAGUUUGACUGGUGCCCCACGCCUGCUCCAAGCCAUCGCACGAGAUGGGAUCGUACCUUUUUUACAGGUGUUUGGGCAUGGGAAAGCCAAUGGAGAACCUACCUGGGCUCUCCUGCUGACUGCUGGGAUUUGUGAGAUAGGAAUACUCAUCGCCUCUUUGGAUGCCGUAGCUCCGAUCCUCUCCAUGUUUUUCCUCAUGUGCUACCUGUUUGUCAACUUGGCCUGUGCAGUUCAGACUUUACUGCGAACGCCAAAUUGGAGACCGCGCUUCAAGUAUUACCACUGGGCUCUGUCUUUUCUGGGAAUGAGCUUGUGUCUGGCUCUCAUGUUCAUUUCGUCCUGGUAUUACGCCAUUGUUGCCAUGGCAAUUGCUGGCUGCAUCUACAAAUACAUUGAAUAUAGAGGGGCAGAGAAGGAAUGGGGUGACGGCAUCCGCGGCCUCUCACUUAAUGCAGCCCGUUUUGCCCUCAUUCGUCUUGAGGAGGCUCCCCCACACACCAAGAACUGGAGGCCUCAGUGUUUGGUGCUGCUGAAUCUGGACUCAGACCAAGCAGUCAAGCAUCCUCGCCUGCUGUCCUUCACUUCUCAACUGAAAGCAGGGAAAGGCCUAACCAUUGUAGGAAAUGUAUUGGAGGGAACAUUUCUCACCAAAGAGGCUGAGGCUAAAAAGGCAGAGCAGAACAUAAAGUCUUCUAUGACAGCAGAGCGGACCAAGGGUUUCUGCCAUGUUGUCGUUUCCUCCAACCUCAGAGAUGGAGUCUCUCAUCUUGUCCAGUCAGCCGGGCUGGGAGGCAUGAAGCAUAACACAGUCCUGAUGGCCUGGCCGGGAACCUGGAAACAGUCCAAUGACCCACAGUCAUGGAGGAAUUUCAUAGAGACUGUGCGGGAGACCACAUCUGCCCAUCUAGCCUUGCUUGUAGCCAAGAACGUGGACACGUUUCCGACCAACCAAGACCGCCUCGGCGAGGGCACCAUCGAUGUGUGGUGGGUGGUUCAUGACGGAGGCCUCUUGAUGUUACUGCCCUUCCUGCUGCGACAGCACAAGGUGUGGAGAAAGUGCAAGAUGCGCAUUUUCACUGUGGCCCAGAUGGAUGACAACAGCAUCCAGAUGAAAAAAGAUCUCCAGACGUUCCUGUACCACCUGCGGCUGAACGCAGAGGUUGAAGUGGUGGAAAUGCACGACAAUGACAUUUCAGCCUUCACCUAUGAGAAGACUCUCGUGAUGGAGCAGAGGUCGCAGAUGCUGAAACAGAUGCAGCUUUCCAAGACUGAGAGGGAGCGAGAGGCCCAGCUCAUCCACGACAGAAACACGGCAUCCCACGCCUCUAUGAACGACAAGUCCGAAACUGGCCCUGAGCAGGUCCACAUGACCUGGACCAAGGACAAGCUUUUCACGGAGCGUCAUCGGAACCGCGAGUGCAAUUCCAACGUGGCCAUGCGAGAUCUCUUCAACAUGAAGCCAGAGUGGGGGAACCUGAACCAGACCAACGUCCGUCGCAUGCACACGGCCAUCAAAUUGAACGAGGUGGUGGUCAACAAGUCACAGGGAGCCCACCUGGUCCUGCUCAACAUGCCCGGACCACCGAAGAACCGAGGAGGCGAUGAAAACUAUAUGGAAUUCCUCGAGGUUUUGCUGGAGGGUCUGAACCGAGUCCUACUUGUCCGAGGCGGUGGACGGGAAGUUAUCACCAUUUAUUCUUAAGGGGAGGGGGGAAAAAAGAAAAAAAAAAAAAGAAA